AUGUAUUUGCGCAGAGUGUUAAUAUUAAUGAUGGUGUCCAUUCUAGGACGAUCGGCACACGGACAAUUCCAGAGAAUGUUCCAGGAAUCUACAAUAUUGGAUAAACCGGCAGGCACAGGAAAGAUUCUUAUACAGUCUGAACUGAAAAUUGAAACCAUGCAUAUGCCCGACGUGUGUAAAGUAAAAGCCAAAAAAGGAGAUACAGUCGUGUUCGACUUUGACAUAUGGAUAAAUGACAACGAGACAAAAUUCGAGACAUCACAGGACACGGAAGAGAGGCCUGGUCAGAAAAUGACUUUUGUCGUCGGUAAAAGGAUGGUUCUCCAAGGUAUUGAAGUUGGCAUCACCGACAUUUGUAUUGGAGAAAAGAGAAGACUUAGGAUACCACCUCACUUGGCCUGGGGAGAAAAGGGAAUCCCGGAUGUCAUACCAGAAAAUGCGUACGCGACGUUUGAAAUGGAGCUUCUAGAGAUUGUACCCAAAACAUGGUCACAAUGGUAUAUAGACAUGGUACAGCUAUCAUGUACGAUUGGCUUUGCCGUGGGAACAUUUUACUUACUUUUUCAACAAGUGCGUGCUGGCCGGAAACAGCGCAAAGAUGCUGCGCGGCGGGAACGGAAGAGACAGAAGCUUCGUGCACAAUGUGAAGAAGAUGAAGAAGAACAAGAAGAAUACGAAGACGAAGAUGAAUACGAAAAUGAGGACGAUGAAGAUGCCGAUAUGGAAGGAAAAGAGGACGAAGAAGUUGAAGCUGCUGAUAACGUUGAUACAGAAAAACAGAAUGACGAAUGGUCAAAAUUUCAAAAACAUACAAAAUCAGAGUAG